GACAAUUCCAGAGAGAUCACGGCAAGAAAGGAUAUCAGAGGGAGAAUGCACUACGGAUCGUUCAUCGUUCGAUCGAUUGCGGCGAGGCCAUUAUGGCCGUUCGCCAAAGCUUUCUCGAGCGCGGCUGGGUCCAGCGUUGUUUGAAGAGCAACCAGAAUGUGACAACUCAGAGGUGACGUCGGGUGACGCGCCGGAGUGCGAAUGCGAGAGCCCGGAGAGUCCGGGGGCCGACAUAGGACCUUCCUUUUCGAGACGGGUGACCGUAUCACCAUCAAUUUCUGGGUCUCCUUCUCCCUCCUCUCCCGAAAAGCACUCAGACAUUCUCUCAACCCAGCCCUCGGCCUUCCAAGACGCCGAGGCAGAUACCCAUUUCGCUCCUUUAGCCAGGCCGCUCAGUGAUAGUCGUGGCUGGACCGCUCCUCAGUCGUUUGACCACGGUGGAAUGAGCCGUGCGACUCAGAAUGCACAACUAGAUCCUGAUCGUCCGGGAUCGAUUGUACAGUGCCCUGGCUCGCCGUCCAGAUCUUUGAGGCCGAGCGGUGCGACCUCUGCGACCUCUUUCUCUUCGGCGACCCAGCAUUCAGCAAGGUCUCAACCCUCUCGCGAAUCCUCUUUGCUGUCUGCAACGCCCACAAAACGGAGCAGCCUCAGCCGUCAUGCCAGCAAUGCAGGAGCCCGUAGCAGGGUGGGUCCCGAGACUCCGAUAGGUUCACCGCGACGUCUUAGCGACAAGAGCAAAGGGAAACGCAAAGCAGAAGACGUUGAUAUCACCCCUCGCGACCUGAAGAAGGAUGCUGGGCAACACACGACAUUCUUGAUCCCAGAAGAAGGACGUUCACUGCGGCUAUCCGAUUCCUCGCACGCGCCGUCCUCAUAUCACCGCAAGCGCGCACGAUUGUCGACUUCAUCGCCCAGUCCAACGCCCUCGCGUCCCUCGUCCGCGCAAGCGCAGAACAGCGGUGCUCAGCCAGCCCAGCGAUACGAUUCGUGGUCCAGCCGAACGAGUGCGCAGAGAGGCCGCACCGUACCCCCUUCCCCCCGCGCACCUUCGCGUGCUGCGUCCGCUCGCUCAUCCCUACCCCCUGCCUCCAUGGCGACGGCCCCCUCCACUCCGCGCCACCAUCGCACCCUCUCGCAGGUUCGCCAGCACGAGCGGCCCCAGAGCCAGAGUUUCUCGCAAGUCUCGAUACCCAUCAGCGCGCUCGUCUCUCCGCAUGCGCCCUCGAUCGGCGCUCGCUCGACGAGGUACCACAUGCACGAUCCGCGCAAGCCACCGAAGAAGCUUCAGGACACACCGUGGACUCUCGCGCGUCCGACAGAGGACGAUCCGGGCUCGCCCCGUCAUGCAUGGCUAUUCUUUAUUGGAUUUAUCUUGUUCCCGCUAUGGUGGAUCGCUGCGUUCUUGCCUGUCCCUCAGACGCGUACUGCUGGCGACUCUAGUGUCGAAAAGGCUGUUACUAUUGAUGAUCCUCAGAUCGAGCGCGAUGCGAAGCGGUGGCGGCUACGCUGUAGGAUCAUGUCUGUCGUGUCUGCCGUGACUUAUAUUCCUUUCAUCAUCCUUGUUGCGAUUUUUGCUCGCCGGUGACAUUACCUGUUGUUCUCUACUUGUUCGGCAUAGAUUGCAUUGAACGCUUUGUCGCACACUUCCCUACUUUGCAGCUCGUCCGUCUCCCCAUCCGUCUCGUCGAGCGUAGCCUCCCAUACACCAUACUUUACUCAUCUCAUUCAUCCUUCUUGUUUCACCACAUAAAUAAGUUCACCUUUGGACUGGACUGACCCAUACCAUUCGUUUGAAACUUUCACUCUUUGGACUGAUCUAUCUAUAGCAGGGUCUAUGUUGUAGUUUUUGCCCAACC